AUGGCUUUCAGCCGGCCAUGGAAGUCACUCAAGGUCAGUGGCGAAUACCCGCUGCUGCUUCUGAAAGCAGACAUGAGUCAGGUCAAGUGCACUUUGGAGCUCACAGAUCUCAACCGGCUCUGGGCAGUCAGUUUGACCGGAGAUGAGCUCGUGGAAAGUGCGCGUCAACAGGGCACCAGCAUAGAUCCUGGCGAAGACGAGGAGCAAUUUGAUCAGUUCUUGUCGAGGAUCCAAAGCGCCUUGAGUUGUGAACGCAAGACGCAUCUCAGGCUUGAGCCCGGCGACACUGAAGAUGGGCUUGAGCUCAGCGUGUCAGUGCCUCUGCCAGGUUCGUUACCAACUCUCAAAUGGACAAUGCAAUUACGUCGUCUUGAUAGCGACGACAGCAAUGCUCUCGAGGCUGAUCUUGUUGCACCUUUACUUUUGUAUACCAAUACUCUGCAAUCACAGAUUCAGCACUUGGUGGAGCAACUUGGCCACAAAGAUCGUGUUAUUGCGAAGAUUGCUGACAAGCUCGAAAAUAUCGGGCAAGAUUUGACGCAGGUCUUUCCUGGAGCUUCGAACAUCAAGUUUCACAAGCGAGCGCCGAAGAGAGCGCAGCUUGCUGGCCAUGUUGAUGGGCUUGCGCCAUUUGAUGCAGCACAUUGGCAAGCAGAAAGUGCAAAGAACAGCACCGACGCGGAGCCUUCCAUGGAAACUCUCGAUGACUUGUUGGCGGGACUGCCUAGCAGUCGGUUGCUUACUGCCCACAAGGAAAUGGAGGGUAGCUGGUGGCGGUCUUGCGGAGGAGGAAGAGUUCCCGACAAAACCUCAAACUUGGCCGAGGACAGUGGCGUGUCGACUGACGGCCCCAGAGGUCAACCAACCAAAGACACCAGAUCGAAUAGUCCACCUCCCCUCAGAAAUCAUGAGAGCAGCAGACUAAACGGAGCAUUCCAACGGCAAGCUACGCCACCACGAAGAGCCUCUCCUACACCCACCGCCGGCGAAGACGAGGACGAGGAGACAGAAGAUGAGGAUGACCUAGAUGCACCAAGAUCGAAGGCCUCCCAGGAGCAGGCGAACAAGCAACAGAUUUCGUCACGUCAUGAAGAUAAGGCGCAUACACGAGAAGAUGCAGCUUUAGCAGACCGCUCGCAUGGAGCCUCGAAUGAGCGCAAGAUUGUGGAGGAGGAUGAAACAGAACCUUCGCCGACGAAGUCCAAACAAAGGGCAAGAUCAGGUCUGGGCGCUUUUGGAGGGAAGCACAAGGCAAAGACACCAGAACCAGAGAACGAAGAUGCUCCGUUGCCAAGCACAAUCCGCAAUGAUCAAAGUGGCCCCAAGCUCGGCCAAUUUGGUGGCCAGCGUAAGCGUAAGACUCCUGAUCUAGAAGAUGAGGAAGCGGCAAGCAUUCCCUCACAGUCAACUCCGAAGCGCAUCAAUAAGCUUGGCGCGUUUGGUGGUGGAUCGGCACACUCAUCACCCGCAAAGACGAAGCCUCGUCUUGGUGCCUUUGGUGGCAGCGCAAAGGCUGAGCCCGAGAAUGAUGAGGUGGAAGAUGACUUGGAUGCCCCAGGUUCUCGAAAAGACGAUGUGAACACGGUCGGUGAGGAGGACAGACAGUCACGAGCUUCAGUGAAGCGGGAAACAGAGGAGGUCGAACAGAAGCGUGAGAACUCCGAGGAGCGGGCCAAUGAGAGACGUGAUAAGCUCAAGCAAGACAUCGCAGAGAAGAAGAAGGAGCCUGUCAAGAAGAAGCGCAAAUUUUGA